CUCUAUCCCAUUUCCUAUCGGCAUCUUCAUCUUCUCUCGCAGUUCUCCUCCUUGUACUCUCAGAUCCAUCGGCGUCCCCGCCAAAUCUGACCGUCUCUUGGCCGCAGCCGGCCUUCCGUUUUUAUCUUUUCGGUCAGCGGCGGCAGCCGGUGGCCUUGCUCGUUAAGCCCUCUCUUCACGCAGACCUUCACAGCUGGUUGCAAGCGUCGGGGAUAUCAAUUGUAGAUAUGGUGGUUCCUCCCUCUCACCGCGUGCAGAUUGUUGUAGUGUGGGAAUACGUGAUGGUACAGAGGAUAUAAUAAUUGUGAGGUGAAAAUGAAGGGGAAGUUUAGACUAUGGUGGCCCAAGCAGCAUUCACCAUGUGAACUGUCGUCUUUUUGUCUGUUGUUUGGUUGGUUUGUACCUUCUUCGGAUUCCCUUGACGUUGUAGUGGCAUUCACUUGUAGUGAUGAUUCACUGUCUCAACUCCAAGGCGACCUCGAGGAAGUCAUCUGUAAUACAAACAGGACCAUGCCUGCAAUUUUGCGUGAUAAGUCAGUGUUUUCUCUACUUGGUCAGUCUGCUCCAAAAGGUUGUAAUGGAAUUUCUUCAAGCGACAGAAUUGAUGUAUUGAAUGGAGAAGAAGGUUCUUGUUGUCACCAUGAAUGCUGGAUGAAUAGAGACGGUAAUGUCACAGGCAGCUGUAGUAGAUCCACCGCUCAAUGCCAUUAUUUAGGUGGGUUGUCAGAGCAAUGUAGGCGAGUCUAUAGUAGGAGCAGUAAUUUGGUGUUCUUGAUAUUUGAUUCUGAUAAGAAGCAUGGAAACUCAGAACUAUUUUGGAUUCCUAAAUUGGACUACCUUUGUUGGAAUGGGCAGAAAGUGUCUAAUUGUGAUGUCCACGUCGUAUUCUAUGAUCCUCCUGUAUAUAACCACCAUUAUUUCUCUUUGCAACCUUCCAAUUCAUACGAGCAAGAAAAUUCAUCUUUCAAGAAACCAAAAUGGGUUGAUGAACUUCAGCAAAAGGGAUCAAGUUUUGACUUGGAUACAGUCAUUUUGGCUAUCAAUUGUGCGGCAGCUGCUAAAAGACCACUUGAAAGUCACUUGCAUGCUAAAAGCUCUCUUCAGUUUUCCAUCGUUGACAGGUGUUAUUCAUUCAUGUGGAGUCUUCUGGCUGUGUCUAUUGCUUCACUUUCUACUCUCUUCUACAUGACUUUUCAGCUUUCUUAUAAACUUCAUAGUCUUGGACUACAAUUAUGGACGUCUGAUGUAGUCUCAAAAAUUUUCAUGACCUCAUACAAUAAUGCCCAUAUUCGGUGUUGUCAAAUUUUGUAUUGGCCAAUUAUACUUCAAGAGUGCGGCGUGGGGUUCCUAUCAAAUGUUGAAUAUGAGGAGAAAGUUGCUUUACAGAGGCAUUCAAUGUGGUCAAGCAUAGCUGCUGAUAUUUUCCUGGGAAAUGUGGUUGGUGUGGCAUUGUUAUGUUAUGCAGAUUCUACUUGUUCAUUGAUUGUUAACCUUGCUAGGGAUGUCACAAAUAACAUAUUGCGUACGGGUUGUGUGUGGUUGAUGGGAGUCCCUGCAGGUUUCAAGUUAAACAUAGAAUUGACUGGAGUUCUUGGCAUUGUAUCUCUCAAUGCAAUCCAAAUUUGGUCUACGGUUUGGUUCUUUUUUAGUUUUAUAUUUAUUUAUGUUGUUAAAGCGCUUGCUAUAUUGGGGAUUCUUUUCGGAGGGACAUUGCCUGCUGCAUUUACCUCAGAUCUGAUCUCAGUUGCAAGUUGCCAUGUGUCAACUCUUCAUUGGUUUUUCUCCCUCAUAUAUUCAUCACAGAUUCAAGCAUUAGCAGCUUUAUGGCGCCUUUUUAGGGGUCAAAAACAGAAUCCUCUUCGGAAGAGAAUAGAUAGUUAUGACUACAUUGUGAAGCAACAUGUUGUUGGAUCGCUAAUUUUUACACCACUAUUACUUCUUUUACCCACGACUUCCGUCUUCUAUGUCUUCUUUACCAUUCUGAAUUCAUCUAUCAGCUUCAUCAAAUUGCUAAUUGAAGUUAUAAUUUCCGCUAUUCAUGCUACACCCUAUGCCAAAAUUUACCUUUGGUUGGUGAAGCGGAAAAGAUUUCCAUCUGGGAUAUGGUUUGAAAUCAUUUCUUGUCACAUUAAUUCCACGGGUUGUCCAGACAAAAACUUCUCUGAAAACGUCGAUUUACCAACUAAGAUCUUGGAGCGGAGCGAGGAGGUGGUUGUGGGAAGAUCUUCAGUUUUGGUUUCAUGCCUUCACAGCAACUUAAUGGGCAUAGGAGAGCUGGUCCUGCCACACUACAGAAAUAUUUUCUCUGGCUUCUCCCAGUCGGUACUGGCUUCUACUUUUCACGGAGUCCUGACAGGAACAAGAACGACAUCGACACUGAAGGCUGGCCUUCCUUCACCGUUGCCAUGGAUGUGUAUACCAUACAGAAAGUAUUGGCAUCUAUGCCAUGAUUCGAUUCUCACAUGCAGGCAAACGCCGCCUUGUACUUCAUGAUCUGAGCAUGCUAAAUCCUAGUUUUCAGAAUUUCUUUUGAAGUCGAAGCUUGGAAUCCGAAUGGUCAUUGGGGUAUGUCUAAAAUACAGAGGGUAUCAAGUUGCUUGGAAUGCGCUCAGAUUUCUCCUUGUAUUGGCCUAUUGCUUAAUCUUUUGGACGCUGACCACGAGCAAUGGUAUCAUUCAGGAGCUGCAGGUUUCUACUCACUUUAUCUUCCACCUCUAAUUUUUUGUUAUUAAUUGCAUUCUGACUGUCACCGUUAUAAAAUUUCUUUACCCUCAUAGAUUUAGGGCUCUUUAUUCAUGGAUUUGAUGAACUUCUUAUGUAGCUGGAUUUGUAUAGGUUGUAUUCAUAUCGAAUAGAGAAAUUAGUUUAAAAGUCUAGAUUGGUA